UCUUAAAUUAAACUUGUGAGUGCGAACUGAACGGAAUAAAAGGAUUGGGAGAAAAUGAAAAGGUUUUGCGGAGUCCAUCAACACCAGCUCAUCUUGCUAUUGGCUGCUGCCAUGGCGACGGCCCUGGAUUCUUCACACAACCUGGCCAGUGAGAGGAGUUCGAUAGAAAGCACGUACGAGCUGACCAAAUACCUGGAGUAUCAGCUCAAGGAAAUCAAAGACAUAUAUCUGACAUACCUAGGCCCUCCAUUCAAUGAGAAAGAUUUCUCCCCUCCUCGGCCCAACAGUACCGCUCUGACCCUACCCAGCGCUGCCACCCGCCUGGAGCUGUGGCACGGCCUCGAGAACCAGGCUCGGCUCGCCCAGAACCAGAAGGCCUACUCCGUGCUGCUGUCAGCCGUGAGGGAGUUGGCCCGCUCCACCCUCUGCCCCUCCCUCAAGACCUCCCUACUGCAUUUUUGCACAGGCUUGGAUGGGCUGCUGGGCUCCAUAUCUGCAUUGAUGACCACCCUCGGUUACGCACUUCCUCCUCCGUCUACAAACAUGGAGAGUAAAGCUGGAGAUCUGCAGAACCCUCAGAGGGGGGCAGGGGGAGCCCGACCUGCUCCACUGAUGAGCCAGAGCCUUUACAGGUCCAGAGCCGGGACGAGGACGGAGUCCGGUCAGCGCAACAACCAAAGAAGAAUCGGGACGAGGGUGGUGACAGGAGAGAGAAAAGACAGCGUCACCGUAGAGCUGGUGGAAAAGAGGAGAGGGAAAGAGGGGAGGAGAGCAGAGGCGACCACGACGGGAGGAAGGAGUGGCGGAUCAAGGGAGAAGGGAAGAGGAGAAAGAGGCAGGAGAGGGAGGAGGGAAGAGCCGGAGAGCGGGAAAUGGACUGCCAGAAGGUUGCUGAGUAUCAACGAUAAUGGAGCGGAAAGGGAAUGGCAGCCUGAACACAGGGUAGAAGUGUUGCACCCGGGCACAGACCAAACCUACAACAAUCAAUACAGCUACAACAUGAACUCGCAUCACAUAGACACACUGAGAAAAGAAGAUGGAUUUAUUGUAGAGCGAAGCAGAGGGCUAACGCUGGAGGAGGAGAAGCAAAUUAACAUGGAAGCUGCCUCCUCCUCCUCCACUUUCCAUCAUUAUCGUCGACCUCCUCGCUCUCUCCUCUCCCCCACCCUGCCACCUCCUCUGUCCACCCUCUCCCUGCUCUACCAGUUUGGAGCGGGUGAGGAGCACACCCUCCUCACACAGUCCGUCCCUCUGUCGUUACAAAGGGGCACUUCCCUCCUUUCGCCUCCUCUGACUCCGCUCCUUUCCUCCACCUCCUCUGCCUCCUCUGCGAUGUUGUCAGUGCGGCCGACGAUGAACGACUUCGCCAGGAAGGUGGAGGGGUUUUGGAUAUUGAGAGAGCUGCAGAGUUGGCUGUGGCGGUCGGCAAAGGACUUUAACCGACUCAAGAAGAGACUCAGAGGCUGAGAUAUUAAGACACACAAGUGCAGUAUAUCGAGAAAUCUAAUAUUUGCACAAACUCUGAGUGGAACCAUAUCGAGAGCUUUAAAGGAAUACUUCACCUCCAA